CCUUUCCCUCUGCGCGCAUACAAGUAAUGGUGCGGAAGAAAGCACGAUUAUAAACCAGUGGAUUUCUUGCAUGGUUUUGGAGGAUCGCUUUUUCUCCACCUCUACUUCUACCUCGUCUUAUCUCUCUGCUCUGCCGCUGGCACUUCGCUGCCACCUCCAGAAAGAAGAAAACAAUAAAAAGAAAAAAAUAAAUAAAUAAAUAAAACACGAUGCAGACUGAGGGGAAAUGGCGGAGGAGUGUACCGCGAGUCAGCUUACCGCAGCGCUUCCUUCCGUCUCCUCGUCGUCCAUGGAUUCCCGCUCGCUUUUAGGGUUCCGCGGGGCUUUCGCCUCGGGCGAUCGCUUCGAGCCCAAGGGAUCCGGGCAUUGAGGCCCUAAACCUCGUUCGAUUCCUUGAUUUCGGUCGAGCAAGGUGGUACUACCGACUCCUUCGCUCUGGCGGGGAUCAGGAGAACCCUCGCCUUCCUCCUGGUGUCCGUCAUCGCCCACCUCGCCGAUCUCUCUGGUUUCAAGAUCCGGAGGCGCCGGAAGCGGAAGGGCUGCUACGGUGGCGGCGGAGGCGGCCGCCGCUGGGUUGCCGGAACUAUGCUGUGGGUCGUCCGCCUCUCCGGCUUCUGUUCCGCUGCCAUGAUCAUGGUCGUCCUCUCCCCGUCCCUCCAAUCUUUCCCACCCGCCGAGGCCAUCCGGUCGUCUCAUUACCUCGGCAUCUCUAACGGCGGCUACGAUCACCAUAUUGACGCCGUCUCCGGCGUCGCUGACGGCUCCCGAUUCCGGAGGGCUCCGAUAUUCCACAAUGCCGCUGAGUGCGAGCCGCCAUCGGCGAACGGAACCUGUGUCUGCGACCCGUCGCUUGUGCACAUCGCCAUCACGCUCGACGAGGAAUACCUGCGCGGCUCGAUCGCGGCGGUUCACUCGGUGCUCACCCAUGCCCGUUGCCCCGAGAGCGUCUUCUUCCACUUGCUGCUUUCGGAGCCAGGGCUGGAGCCGGUUGUGCGGUCCUCCUUACCAGGGCUCCGCCUCAAAGCAUACUACUUCGACCCGGACCGCGUGCGGGGGCUGAUCUCGACGUCGGUGCGGCAGGCCCUGGAGCAGCCACUCAACUACGCGCGCAACUACUUGGCGGAGAUCCUCGAGCGGUGCGUGAGCCGGGUAAUCUACCUCGACUCCGACCUGGUGGUCGUCGACGACAUCGGCAAGCUCUGGCGGACGGGGCUGGGGUCGCGCCCCGUGGGCGCGCCGGAGUACUGCCACGCCAACUUCACCAAGUACUUCACGGCCCGCUUCUGGUCCGACCGGCGCCUAGCGGCCACGUUCGCCGGCCGUCGGCCGUGCUACUUCAACACGGGUGUAAUGGUGCUCGAUCUGGUCCGGUGGCGGCGCUCCGGGUACACACGACGGAUCGAGCGGUGGAUGAAGGUGCAGAAGAGCGGAGCAGCAACUGGCGGCGCCGGCCGGAUCUACGAGCUGGGAUCACUGCCGCCCUUCCUGCUAGUGUUCGCGGGGCACGUGGCGCCGAUCGAUCACAGGUGGAAUCAGCAUGGGCUCGGUGGGGACAACGUCCGCGGCAGCUGCCGGGACCUCCACCGGGGUCCGGUGAGCCUCCUCCAUUGGAGCGGCAGCGGCAAGCCAUGGGUGCGUCUCGACUCGAACCGGCCGUGCCCGCUGGAUCACCUCUGGGCGCCCUACGACCUCUACGAGCCCGCUGUCGCCUGACCACCCAGCCGCUGCCGCCGCGUUAAAUCCUUUCCUCGGCCGCUUCAACAUAACCUCCAAUGUGAUACUAUAAUCAGCUCGGCUAUCUAUUUCCGCAGUUGGUAGUAUUUUCUGCUUCCCCUCUACAAAUUUUCAGGGUUUAUAAUUCUUUUACGGGUUUAAUCUGCAUUAUUCAGUUCUUAUUGUUCUUUUGCUCCUCCCACUCUUUCGUUACGAGGCUAUUGUAAUUUUGAUUCUAUUGAUGCUGCCUCAAUGAAUAAAAGAGAAAAAGAUAACUGAUUUCGUGCUGCUUA